ACCGAUUUUGCCAUCUCAGACAUUGACCCCGUCUACAAACCGAGAUUAAAAUCCCGAGUAUACAAAUUCUGAACCAUUAGUUGCAGAAGAAUCUGUUUCCUGGCAAUUGGCUCCAAAAGUUUGGUCCCAGAAGAAGCAAGAACAAAGAUUUCUUGCUGAACAUAACCGGAAAAAUGGGCCGCGGAGUCAGCUGUGGUGGUGGACAAAGUUCAUUGGGAUACUUGUUUGGAGGUGGAGCAGAGGUUGUUCCAAACAAUACCCGUUCUCCAGGUAAGAAUGCUUCUGCUAACUCCUUACCAAUUGAAAUGCAACCUCCUGCGGGCGUUCCCACAAAAAGGGAUGGAGUUGAUAAGCAAGUCCCGGCUGCAAGCAAUCCCACAAAGACACAAUCGUCUCCGAUUAAGACUACUUCUCCUCCUGCUACAAAACCAAUUGACAAGAAUAUUGCAGCUGGCAUUCAUAGCAGUCCCACAAAUAAUUACUUGCGUUUGGAUGGCCAGAACUGUGGCAACUUCAUCACGGAUCGGCCGUCUACGAAGGUUCAUUCAGCUCCGGGAGGAGGAUCUUCUCUCGGAUACUUGUUCGGCGGUGGUGGUGGGAAGUGAUUCUUGCUCCUGAAUAAUGCAUCAGCAGCUGAGUUUUAGCACGGAUAAUGUGUAAUGUUAUAUGUUUCAGAAAUGUUUGUAGUUUUAUGCAAUGAAACUGUGAACUAAAUCUUAAUGCAUG